UGUACUUCCGUUUUCCCAUCAUGCAGUUUCAGAAACAUGGUGGCUGAAAGCUUUCAUAAAAUUGAGGUCUGAUGUCACGUCUGUUAUCUAGCCCAUUUUUGCACCUGUGAAUUUAUGAAUAAGGGAAUAUUGGUUUUAAAUUGGAUUGUGCACAAUGCCGAAAUAUUACGAGGAUAAAGAGGAAGAUACCCGAGCAUGCGCCGGUGUCAGAGAGGACUUCAAGGCGUGUCUCCUUCAGCACGACUGCGUGGUCAAGGAGGGGAAGAUGCCCAGUGAGUGUUUGAAGGAAGGCCACUGCAAAGCCCUGCAGACAUCCUUCUUUGAGUGCAAGAGGUCAAUGCUGGACACAAGGUCGAGAUUCAGAGGAAGGAAAGGAUAUUGAGGAACCAUCUAAACAAGUGGUCGAGUGAAUCCUGGUGCAACUGUAAAUACUUGUAAUGAUUUAAACUAAAGAGCGCUGCUCAUAGGCCAGAGUAUGUGCAGCCUUACAACCUCAUCUGAAGUACGUGUCAAGAAAGGACUACCAAAUAUUAAAGAACAAUGCAAACUGAAGGACAAAAUGUACUGCUGAAAAACACUGGAGCUGUCACUGGCUGGAUAUUUUUGUGUGUGUGCGUGUGUGCUAUGAGAACCUUGAUGUGAUGAAAUAAAUAAUGAAUACAAUGUAAAGAAAGAGAUUCUAUUAACAUUUUAAUGAGGUGCUGUCAUCAGAAAAACGUCUGACUGAAACAUACGAUUUCAAGUAUAACAUUUAAAAUCAGUUUGUAUGAUGGGGGUCAUCAUACAAUUGAGGUAUACACAUACGGUAGUAAGUAUGGGGUGGUCCGUAGGGACUUGGGUUGGGAACCGGAGGGUCGCUGGUUCAAGUUCCAGUACGGACCAAAGUACAGAGUGUGG